AAGCCAUCAUAACUCAAAGAUCUUCAAGUUUAACCUUUUUUUGUGUAGUUUAAAUUUCUUCUUAGUCCUUUUCUUUUUUCCCCCUUUUUUUUCUCCUUCACAAAGAUCUAGUUUUCUUGAAGUGCUCUCUUUUAAUGAAAUGGAGUGUGAAGUGGGAGUUCAAGGUUUGGAUCUGCAUGCAAAGGUGGCAAAAACGGAAACAGUAGACCCUAUUCUUGGUCUUGGAGCCAUGAAUCAUCAUCACCACAACAAUCAUCAUCAUCAUGAUGCAGAGAUUUAUGCAGAUGCUGAUGAUGCAGAUAAAGAUUUGUGGCUCAACACAACAACAGAACAAGAAGAUUUACUUGUUGGGGAUGUGAAAACAGAUGCAUCUAUGUUCUACGACCAAUUCCCUCCUCUCCCUGAUUUCCCAUGCAUGUCUUCAUCAUCGUCUUCGUCUUCAACUCCAACACUUCCAUUGAAGAAUCUAGCAUGCUCAACCACCUCGACCACAACGGCUACCGCAGCAACCUCUUCGUCUUCGUCGUCUGCUUCUUCUUGGGCAGUUCUGAAGCCAGAAGCGGAGGAUAAUAACAACGGAGAGUGGAACUGCAGUAAUAAACAGCAACUUUACAUGCAACAUCAUGAUCCACUGGACGCAACGGGAGCGUUGUCCUCAACAGCUUCCAUGGAGAUUUCACAGCCAAAGUUUCCGGAUCAAGAUGGAUUUGACGGUGUUGUUGGUGAGGUUGAUUGCAUGGAUGAUGUGAUGGACACUUUUGGGUACAUGGAGCUUCUAGAAGCCAACGAGUUCUUUGACCCUUCGUCUAUCUUCCAAGGCGAAGAGAAUCCCUUAGCGGAAUUCACACAAGAGGAUCAGGUUUUGCCACAGCAAGAAGAACAACAGAAGCAAGAAAAACCUGCAGUAGUUCAUAAUCAAAAUGAUCUUGUUGUUCUUAGACCACAGCAAGAAGCAGUAGUGGAAGGUGUUAGUAACAAUAAUUAUGAACAGCUUCUUGGGUUGUGCGAAGCCAGUAACAAUAACGAUGUAGAGAUCCAAGCAGAUGCUGGUGGUGGUGGUGCAAUUGCGGAUGAUGAAAUGAGUAUGGUGUUCCUGGAAUGGCUGAAGUCGAACAAGGAUAGCGUAUCCGCGAGCGAUUUGAGGAGCGUGAAGCUUAAGAAAUCCACAAUAGAGAGUGCUGCUAAGCGAUUGGGCGGUGGAAAAGAAGCUAUGAAGCAAUUGUUGAAGCUGAUUCUUGAAUGGGUUCAAACCAGCCACCUUCAGAGUAAAAGGCGCAAGGAAAAUAAUAACGAUAACGCAGUGGCAAACCCUUUCACGGAACAGUUUCAAAAUCCAAUUCAUCAAAACCAGAACAACGCAAAUGCUUCGAGUUCUUUUGUCAUUGAACCAAACACAUGUUUCACCCAGCAGCAACCAUGGAUGGAUCAAGCACCUCUAAUGGCAGCCGCUCCUCCGCCUCAGUUUCAGCCUCAGCCGCAAUUUCAACAACCCAUGGUUGGGUAUGUUGGCGACCCUUACACAAACGCUGCUUCUGCAAACACCAUGAAUGGCAGCAAUAAUUUUCAGGCUGGUAAUGAAUACCAUAUGCUGGAAUCAGCGAACUCAUGGCCUCCUUCUCAAUACACUGUUACUGCUUACUAUACCCAGCCAUUUGGGGACCAUUGUUUUCAACCUCCGGCGGCGGGUGGCUUCGGUAACCAGUACCCUUAUCAGUUUUUCCAUGGACAUGGUGAUGGAUUGAUGAGAUUAGGACCCUCAGCUACAAAAGAAGCGAGGAAGAAGCGGAUGGCGAGGCAGAGAAGGCUUUCCUCUCAUUCUAGGCAUCAUAUUAAUCUACAGAGUCAGGGUUCUGAUCCAAAUGCAAGAUUGGGUGUUGGUGGUGAAAAUUGCACUGGUGUUGUAUCUGCAGCUCCGGCUAAUUGGGUGUAUUGGCCAACUAUGGCUGGUGCUGUUGCUUCCGUUGCGCCCGUGGCUCCCGCGGAACCGUCGGCUGUGGUGGAUAAACCUGCCAUGCAGACACAGAAUUAUCAUCAUCAGGGUCGGCUCUCAUCUGAUAGGAGACAGGGUUGGAAGUCGGAGAAGAACUUACGAUUCCUUUUACAAAAGGUGUUGAAGCAAAGCGAUGUUGGAAGUCUGGGAAGAAUUGUUCUACCAAAAAAAGAGGCAGAAACACAUCUACCAGAACUAGAGGCAAGGGAUGGAAUCACCAUAACAAUGGAAGAUAUUGGCACCUCUCGUGUUUGGAAUAUGCGCUAUAGCAUCAGAUACUGGCCAAACAAUAAAAGCAGGAUGUAUUUGCUAGAGAACACAGGUGACUUUGUUAAAGCCAAUGGACUCCAAGAGGGAGAUUUCAUAGUGAUAUAUUCAGAUGUGAAGUGUUUAUUUUCUUGA